AUGGUGACAAGGCUCCAGCAUUCAGUGUCUACACAAGUAAGUAAAGUCCCAUUCACAGCUUCAUUAGGAAACGGAACCUGGGAAAUGAAGCGAGAAGAAAUUGUCCUGUUGAGAGAGCUGGGGAGUGGUCAGUUUGGAGUGGUGCAUCAAGGAAAGUGGAAGGGACAAUACAACGUGUGCAUAAAGAUGAUUAAAGAGGGAGCAACGUCAGAAGGUAUAUUCAUAGAAGAAGCUCAGACCAUGAUGUAUGUUCUGGAUGACCUGUAUAUAAAUUCAUUGGGAACCAAAUUUCCAGUGAAGUGGUCAGUACCGGAAGUUUUUCAUUACACCAAAUUUAGCAGCAAGUCAGAUGUAUGGGCUUUUGGUAUCUUAAUGUGGGAGGUGUUCACUCUGGGAAAGCAGCCGUAUGAACUUUAUGAUAACAAGCAGGUGAUUGAGAAAGUUUCUCAAGGAUACAGACUUUAUAGACCACAACUGGUUUCAGACAUCACCUACCAGAUAAUGUACAACUGCUGGCAUGAGGUAAAAAUAGAGAAAAAAAGUUUUAUGCAAAGCUCCAUAGCUAUUGCAAUAGUAAAUGGUAAAUUUGCUACCUCCAUAAAACCUGAAGAGCAAAAACUCAAGACAAUUGAAAAUGCUGUUAAUAUAAUUGCUUAG